CCACAAACAACCCCUCUCAAAGACAUCCGAUACCUGUCUUUGACAAUUUUCAGUCUGCCGCCAUGAAACGCAAGUUGGACGCCAACGAUGUCCCCUCCCCCGAGGGUGGCGAGACCCCCGAGACCCCUGAUGUGAAGGACGCCGACUUCGAAAGCCUCAAUCUGGAUCCGCGAUUGCGCCAAGCCCUGAUCAAAGAGAAGUUCACCAAACCUACACUGGUUCAGGCCAAGGCUAUACCUCUGGCCCUCGCCGGCAAAGACAUUCUCGCCCGUGCAAAGACCGGCUCCGGCAAAACCGCCGCCUACGUUCUCCCUAUCCUCCAGACUAUCCUCCAAAAGAAAGCUGCCGAUCCCACCCUGAAAGCCACGACCGGCCUGAUCCUCGUCCCCACCCGAGAGCUUGCGGAGCAAGUGCAGAAUGUAGUCACGUCGUUCGCUGCGUUCUGCGGCAAGGACAUCCGGUCUGUGAACCUGACGCAGAAAGUCUCCGAUGCCGUGCAACGCACGCUCCUGGCCGACUACCCGGACCUAGUCGUGUCGACGCCCGCGCGUGUGAUCGCCAACCUCGGAAACUCGGCUCUGUCGCUGGAGAGCCUCGCGCACCUGGUCAUCGAUGAGGCGGAUUUGGUGCUUUCCUACGGCUACGACGAGGAUAUCAAUGCCCUGGCCAAGGCGAUCCCCCGGGGUGUGCAGACGUUCCUCAUGAGUGCGACGCUGACUUCGGAGGUCGAUACGCUUAAGGGGCUGUUCUGUCGGAACCCCGUGGUGUUGAAGUUGGAGGAUAAGGAGGAGCAGGGUGCGGGUGUUAGCCAGUUUGUUGUUAGAUGCGCCGAGGACGAGAAAUUCCUCCUCACGUACGUCAUCUUCAAGCUACAGCUGAUCAAGGGCAAGGUGAUCAUCUUCGUCGGGGACGUCGACCGCUGCUACCGUGUCAAGCUGUUCCUCGAGCAGUUCGGAAUCAAGAGCUGUGUCCUCAACUCCGAGCUGCCCGUCAACUCGCGGAUCCACGUCGUGCAGGAAUUUAACAAGGGCGUCUACGACAUCAUCAUCGCCGCGGACGAGCAGGAGGUUCUGGGCGCCAAGAAACCCUCCAAGAAGACGAAAGGCACCAACAUCGAAGCCUCAGAAGAAGCCCCCGAAGAACAAGAAGAAGAAGAAGCCCUAGUGGGCUCGAGCGAAGACGAAGAGGAGCAGCCUGAAGACGAGACAUCCAGCAAACGCAACAAAUCCCAAGCCAACAACUCCGCCGACAACAACAAACGACGCAAGCUGGCAACCAAGGACAAAGACUACGGGAUCUCGCGGGGCAUCGACUUUCAGAACGUAGCGUGCGUGCUGAACUUCGACCUGCCGACGACGGCGAAGUCGUAUACGCACCGGAUCGGGCGCACAGGGCGGGCCGGCAAGACGGGGAUGGCGCUGUCGUUCGUGGUGCCGGCGGAGCACUACGGACGGCACAAGCCGACGUCGUUCCCGACGGCCAAGCACGACGAGACGGUGGUGGCGCGCAUCGUCAAGCGGCAGGCCAAGCUGGGCCACGAGGUCAAGCCGUACCACUUCGAGAUGAGCCAGGUGGACGCGUUCCGGUACCGGAUGACCGACGCCCUGCGCGCCAUCACCCGCCUCGCCGUCCAGGAGGCUCGCGCCCGCGAGAUCCGCCAGGAGCUCAUCAAGUCCGAUAAGCUCAAGCGCCACUUCGAGGAGAACCCCGACGAGCUGCGCCAGCUCCGCCACGACGGCGAGCUCCGCGCCGCCCGCGUCCAGCCCCACCUCAAGCACAUCCCCGACUACCUCAUGCCCGCCAAGGGCCGCAAGGGCAUCACCACAGAGAACGUCGGCUACGUCGGCUUCCGCAAGGUCGGCGGCGAGAACCGCAUCCGCAAGGCCCGCGAGAAGAACCGCGGUAAGGGCAAGCCUGGUCGUAAGCCCGCCGGCGGUGCCCGCAAGGUCGAUCCCUUGAAGACCUUCAACCGCGGGCGUAAAUGAUUCUUUCGUGCUCGAGUCGUUUUCUUUUGCGGAGUCAUUCGUCGUGAAAGGGGUCUGUACAUAGUAUAGGAU